AUGAGCUCGGCCGCCGGCCCCGCCGCCUUACCCCCGGGCUCCGCCACCCGGGCCUUGCAUGUGGAGCUGCCCUCGCAGCAGCGCCGGCUUCGUCAUCUUCGGAACAUCGCUGCACGUAACAUUAUCAAUAAGAAUGGUUAUCGCCUCUUAGAUACGUACUUCACUCUUCACUUGUGUGAUAACGCCAAGAUAUACAAAGAAUUUUAUAAGAGUGAGGUGAUCAAGAAUUCUCUGAAUCCGACAUGGAGAAGUCUGGACUUUGGAAUAAUGCCUGAUCGUCUUGAUACCUCUGUCUCUUGUUUUGUUGUGAGGAUCUGGGGUGGCAAGAAGGAGCACUUUCAGCUUUUGAUUGAAUGGAAGGUCAAUCUGGAUGGGUUAAAGUACUUGGGCCAGCAGAUACACGCAAGAAACCCAAAUGAGAUUAUUUUUGGUCUCAAUGAUGGUUAUUACGGAGCUUCAUUUGAACAGAAGGAUCACUCAGGUACCCUGAAGAGUAGUCUUCUCCAGGUGGAUCAGAACUGUGUUCGUAACUCUUACGAUGUCUUCUCUUUGCUUAGGCUUCACAGAGCCCAGUGUGCAAUUAAACAGACUCAGGUAACUGUUCAGAAGAUAGGAAGGGAGAUUGAAGAAAAGCUGAGAUGUACAUCUACAAGCAACGAACUGAAAAAGGAGAGUGAAUGUUUACAGUUGAAGAUCCUGGUGCUACGUAAUGAACUGGAGAGGCAGAAGAAGGCUCUUGGUCAAGAAGUAGCCCUGUUGCAUAAGGAAAAAAGUACUUUGCAUGAUAGAGAAAACACAUUUGAGACUGAAUACCAGAAACUUCAAGAGCAUAAUGAAUCCCUGCAUGAAUUAAGAAAGGAAUGCACUGCUAAGAGAGAACUGUUUUUGAAGACAAAUGCCCAGCAGACUAUUCGAUGCAAGCAAUUGCUGUCGGAGCUAUCCUAUAUCUACCCUAUUGAUCUGAAUGAUCAAAAGGAUUACUUUGUUUGUGGAGUCAAGCUUCCUAAUUCUGAAGACUUUCAAGCAAAAGAUGAUGGAAGCAUUGCUGUUGCCCUGGGCUACACCGCUCACCUGGUUUCAAUGAUAUCCUACUUCUUACAAGUGCCACUCAGGUAUCCUAUAAUUCACAAGGGCUCCCGGUCUACAAUCAAAGAUAAUAUCAAUGACAAACUGACGGAGAAAGAGCGAGAAUUUCCUUUAUAUCCAAAAGGAGGGGAGAAGCUUCAGUUUGAAUAUGGAGUAUAUCUUCUCAACAAAAAUAUAGCACAGCUUAGAUAUCAACAUGGGCUGAGUACUCCAGACCUAAGGCAAACUCUUCCUAACCUGAAAAACUUCAUGGAGCUUGGGCUAAUGGUUAGAUGUGAUCGACACCAUACAUCCAGUGCAAUUCCCGUUCCAAAGAGACAGAGCUCUAGCUUCGGCAGAUUGGAUAUUGGCUUUUCCAGUGGGCUUCCUUCUCCAGAUAAAGGACUCCGAAAACGAGCCAGCACGGGAAACGAAAGACUACAGUACAAAACUCCUCCUCCUAGUUACAACUCGGCUUUAACACAGCCUGUUGCCAUCACAGCCCAUGUAGGAGAGUUAGAUAAAAAACCUGGGUCAAUAUCUUCCUCCUUGGAUACCUCUAUGGACUCCUCGAAAGGAAAUACCAAGAAAGGUGAGGACUUGUGCAGCAGUUUAAAUGGAGAAAACGGGAACCUAAACAAUACCCAAGACCGGCAGGAGUCUUUCCUAGGACAUACUAGUGCAAUAAAUGGGUCGUUUCUGCCUGGUGAGUGCUCUGGCACUGCAAGCAAUGAGCAGCCCUGCGAGUUUCGGCCCUCGCUCGGCCCUGUCCUUUGCUGCACUGUGGAGCAAGCAGAGGAGAUCAUGGGGAUGGAAGCGACGGGUUUCAGCACGGGAGAUCAGCUAGAAGACUUUAACUCCAUCCCGGUGGAGCAUGCCGUGGCAGUGGAGUGUGAUGAACAAGUCCUAGGGGAGUUUGAGGAGUUCUCUCGAAGGAUCUAUGCACUGAAUGAAAACAUGUCCAGCUUCCGCAGACCGCGUAAAAGCUCGGACAAGUGAGCUUGGACAGGGAUUUGGUAGCAGACAUUGAGGUGAAAUCAGUGAUCUGGAAUAGAGAUAAAAUUGCACUUAUUCUUUAUAUUAAUUAUAAAAAAAUAAAAAAGCUAAAGCUAUUCCUAUGGUGUUAGACAAAUGGACUUGAGCAUGAUAACACAGGAUCAUGGUAUAUUCACAGCCCAGGUAAAUUUUGAUUCUGCUUCCACUCCUCUUAUGCCUGGUAUUUAUAAUCUGUUGGAAUAUUUUUUUUAGGCGUUGGAAUCUGUUUAUAAAAGGCUUUCCUGGAAACAACUUCUAGCGCUGAUCAGGCCCUUCUAUGAAUAUUUGUUA